AUGUCGAAAGGAAAAGUUUGCCUUGCUGGACAAACGAACCUCACUUCCCUGGUCGCCGUUCUUCUGAACUACACGCUGACUUAUAUGUUCUGCAGCCUACUCCGUUCUGAAAUGGCUUCUGGUACCACCUACGAACCCUCGACUAAUGGCGAUUGCGAUGCAGAGCAGGGAUAUGAGGUCGUUUGCUUCCUGGCCAACGUCGGUCAGGAAGAAGACUGGAAGGCAAUAGAGGAGAAGGCGCUCAAGGUCGGCGCCAGCAAGAUGGUCAUUCUUGACCUUCGUCGUGAGUUCGUCGACGAGCUGUGCUUCAGGGCCAUCCAGUGCAAUGCCAUCUACGAGGGCCGCUAUCUCUUGGGUACCAGUCUGGCCCGUCCAGUCAUUGCCAGGGCCCAGAUGAAGGUCGCAGAGCAAGAGGGAUGCCAGUUCGUCAGCCACGGCUGCACCGGUAAGGGCAACGACCAAGUCCGCUUCGAGCUCGCUUUCUACACCAUCAAUCCCGAUAUCAAGGUGAUCGCUCCGUGGAGGGAUCCUACCUUCUUCAAGCAGUUCGCCGGCCGCAAUGACCUGCUAGACUACGCCGAGAAGCACAACAUCCCCGUCACAUCUACUAAGGCUAAGCCGUACAGUAUGGAUGCCAACCUUGCGCAUUGCUCUUAUGAGGCCGGUAUGCUCGAGGACCCCGACCAGUCUCCGCCGACCGAUAUGUGGACUAUGACCGACGACCCUAUUAACGCCCCAAACACCCCCGAGGACAUCACUCUUCACUUCGAGAAGGGUAUUCCUGUGAAGCUGGAUCUCCUUAAAGAGGGCAAGUCCAUCACUGGGAGCCUGGAGAUCUUCACCAAGCUCAACGAAAUUGGCAAGAUUCACGGCAUUGGCCGAAUUGAUAUCGUCGAGAACCGAUUCAUUGGACUGAAGUCCCGAGGAUGCUACGAUUCUCCUGCGAUGACCAUUCUUCGAUUGGCGCACAUGGACCUUGAGGGCCUUGUGAUGGACCAGUCCAUGCGAUCAAUGCGUGACCAGUUUGUGUCCCACGAGUGGGCCAAACUCCUUUACAAUGGAAUGUACUUCUCGCCCGAGCGCGAGUGGCUUGACACCUGCCUGGUUGCCGCCCAGACACAUAUCAACGGCACCGUCCGUCUUCGUGCCUACAAGGGCAACGCCUAUGUCCUCGGACGAAGCUCAGAGACCGAGAAGCUCUACAGCGCCGAAGAGGCUUCCAUGGACACAUUGGAGAACUUUAGCCCCGAGGAUACCACUGGCUUUAUUGGCAUUGUUUCCAUCCGCCUUAAGAAGUAUGGCCUCCAGAAGCGUGCGGAGGGUGGCUUCAACUAA